ACGAAGUCCUCCGCCGCGCAUUUCCAAAUAGUCCGUCUUUUUGUUUAACGUCUGUCAUCUGUAACAACGUUCACAUACUAGUGCAAGUGCGACUCUUUAGCGGCUUCUUGGUCCUCAGCAGUACGCCUCGAAUUUUCUCACCGGCGCAAGGGGCGCCAUUAUGACUGUCGGCAUCUCAUUAGCAGGAGACUUUGUACAGCCGUCGGGCGUAGCUACGUUCUGGCGGCUGGAGGAGAACAAGAUCUUUGAGGUUGCCCUCGCAAAGCACUAUUUCGAUGAGGACAGGUUUGAACGGAUAGCAUCCUACCUUCCAAAUAAGACACCAAGCGAUGUUCGGAAGCGCAUUCGUGAGCUCGAGAAUGACCUGCGUCGCAUUGAUGAGGGCUGCGACGCGGCGCAGAGUGCUCCUUCACCUGUGCGCCAAGAGGAAAGCUCUAACAAGAAGGCGAAAACGGACACUCCAGCAAACGGCGAUCGCCGGAAAGGAGUGCCAUGGACCGAGGAAGAGCACCGGCUCUUCUUACUUGGCCUCGCAAAGUUCGGAAAGGGUGACUGGCGGAGCAUUGCGCGGAAUUUCGUGGUCUCCCGGACACCCACCCAGGUCGCCAGCCACGCGCAAAAGUACUUCAUCCGCCUCAACAGCAUGAACAAGAAGGACAAGCGGAGAGCCUCCAUCCACGACAUCACCAGCCCCACCCUCCCCGCCUCCGUCCCCAACCCCACCCCCACCACCGGCCUCCCCGCCUCCUCCGCAGCCUCCUCCGGCAGCUGUGUCGCUGCUGCCGCGGCAGCAGUAGCGGCAGCAGCCGCAGCAGUAAAGAGCAAGGCCGCAGCUGCUGCUUCCUCGGCGACGUCAACACCCACCUCGUCUUCGGUUACUGCGGCAGCAGCAGGUACGGCAGCAGCCGGGGGGGCGACAGCGCAGUCGGCGGCGGCGGCGAUGGCGGCGGCGGCGGCCGCUGCUGCCGCCGCGGCCGCAAGCACCACCAGCGUCUUUGCGCAGUUUGCGAUGCACGGCUUGACGCUGCCGUCCUCUGCUGGCGUCGUACCUCCGGUGCCUAUGCCGACAGCUCCGUUCAUGGUUCAGGUUUGAAAAGCUGUGGAAGAAGCUGUGUGGGGGGAGCUGGGAUGUGGUAGAAAGAAGAAGCGAGAAUAUCGAAUGAGGGACGGGGAGUGGAGAAGAGGGGCGCACGGCUUAAGGGUUCACUACUUAUGAGGGCCGCACUGCAGGCAAAGAGAAGAGACAAAGACAAAGCCCAUAUAGAUAUAUGCGUGUCUCGAAGGAUUGUGUGUUGUGAAUAGUAGUAGAAGACAUAUGCACGCCUCAAGGCCACUGUUCUGGUCUGAAGGCAAUAUUUUAUGCUGGCAUUCGGGUAUGACAUAUCACGCCUCGUGAGCAGUUGUAGCUUAUACAGGUCGGUCAGGCAAAACAUCAGCCGGUUCAGGGCUUAGCGAAAGCUUGUCAUCGCUCUGGAUCCGGAACCAAGUGUGUCUGAACCGAAUUACAAAUUCAGCCAGCUCAACAUGUGGGGCAAGAAGGGUGGUACGUCGUUGGGAAUUGUUUGUCUCUUCGCAUACUCAGUCAAAGCAUAGGCGCGUUUUGAUUGGUAGGAGCACUAUUCUAUUUGCGGAAAUGGCCGAGGUUGCAACAGCUGUGUAAUGGAAGAAAUCUUUACCAGAGGGGUGGCAGGGCUAUAUUUUGCGUUGAGCCCAGUUUAAUAUGUUGUUUAAAGCCUCUUUGUUUUUUUGCCGAGGCCGGUUCGGUUUGGAACACCAACGCCGUCGCGGGUGGUGGAGAGAAGAUCAAUACUGAAGUUACGGAAAGUCAUUUGAGGGGGCGCCUAGCAAUUGUUGGCGCAAGAAAAGAUCAGAGAAGAUACAUUCUGCGGCUGCCUGGGGCAUAAAUGUUGCACAAGUCGGUGAGACGUUUGGUUUGAGCCUAUUCUACAAGAGGCGCCUGAUGAGCCCUCUUUUCAAAAGACUGCGUGCGAGAGCUUGUUUAGUCGUUGGAGCGGGCUGUGAAGUCUGACUACUUGAGCGCCCCCGAGAGACACGAGUGAUGAAUGUGCACCAAAUCAUAAUGUUGGUGCAAUAUAAAGAGGGAACGAAUCAACAAACUGCUUCUGUGCUGCUCCUGCAGUGCUGAGCAAUGUGCGG